GAAAUGUCUUAUAAUGGUUUAUGUUCAAAGAUGGACAACCACUUUAUGGAGGUUUCUAACUCAUAUUGUCAAAGUUAUCCUACAAAGAGACAAGCAUUCCUAUUUCAUAUCCAGUCAGAAAAGAGGCAACGACAUUGCUCAGUUUUGUCACUUGACUUUGCCAAGUGGAAGUGGUCCACAAACCAUAAAGGAGUUGAAAUCAAGUCUUCAAAACACUCCCAGCUGUAUUAAUAUUUAUCACGUUAUACAAAAUAAUGCUGACUUUGAUGUGGAGUUGAUAAGCAAUUGGAUAUUGGAAAAGACUCCAGACAACUCAGAAAGUAUCAAAACAGAACUUGUUAGUGUUCUGGAAGAUUUGAAGCACAUACAAUAUUUAAAAGAAAGAAUAAGACAACGACAGACUACUUGUUUUGACCACAGCAACUCAUCCCACGAAGAAGCACUUAUCAAGUUGUGGAAUUUAUUGCUUGCUUCUACGUCACACGAAUCUUUUAGUAAAAAGAGUGAAGAAUGGACAAAACUUGGCUUUCAAGGAAAGGAUCCUGCUACAGACUUUAGAGGAGGUGGACUUCUUUCUUUGCAGCAAUUGGUGUAUUUUGCAGAAACAAGAAGAGAAUUGUUUUUACAAAUGUUGAAUGAAGCUAGUCAAAGUUAUCCUUUUGCUUGUGUUGGUAUUCGAUGUACAGUUGCUAUUGUACAACUACUCGAUGAAGACUAUUUGGAUACUCUUUUAUAUGGAUGUUCAGAAGAGCAAGCCUUUAUCAUGAUUCACGAAAGAUAUUGUGAGUUGUGGAUUCGUUUUCAUCGCAGUUGGAAGCACAAGAAAUGGAGCGAUAUUAUGUCAUUUAAAACUGGUUUUGAAGAACAACUAAACAAAGCUAAACAAUCUCUUCGAAUGAAUGGCUAUAUUUCAGAAACGGAUGAAUAAAGAAGUGUAUCUUUCCUAAAACUCUUUAGGAAUGGAUUGUGUGGACAAAG